CAACAGCCCCAGAUCCCCCAAGGACAGUGAGUCCCUCUUCACCCCCCUACUCAGAGCACUAGAAGGGUGAGCAGUCCAAGAGGUAGGGAGGGUCCUGAGAGAGAAUAUUGGGGAGGCAUAAAAUGUAGGCUUUGGGUUUUGAUGUGCAGGGCUGUGACUGCAGCAGGAGAAAAGACUGAGAUUUCAGGAAGGAAGGACCUCCCAAAGGUAAGGAAGAGGGUUUUUAGUUUGGUGCUGGGCAUUGAACUGAGGGCCUAAGCAUGCUAAGCACGUACUCUACCACUGAACUAAAACCCCAGCCCAGGAAGGAGUCUUGAACAGUGGGGGGAUUUGGGCAAGAUUUGACUUUGGCCAGUGCUCUGGCUGACAACCCUGGGAGGCUUAGUGACAGGGGGAUGGUCAAAGGUAAAAAUAAUAAUAAUAAUGAUAAUGAUGAUGAUAAUUUUUUUGAAAACUGGAGAAAAAGAAGCAGAAACAAGAUUGGAGGAAAAAGAAGGCUUGGGAAGCAGCCCCAAACAUCAAAAUAAUCCCCAAACGAAUGUCUUACAUAUCUCUGCUUCGAAAGAUGAAGGUAUGGUGAGAUAUUUAGGGUCUGGUCUGAGCAGGGAAAAUGGAGUUUGGAACCUUCUCUUAUGGAGCCAGGAGGCUGAUACCCAGCCUCAUAAUUUAUUUCAGCUGUUCAUCUCUCCAAUAACUGGUAAUACCCCAGCUCAAGGUGGGUGUGGGGAGGGGAGAAGAGAGGUCAACCCUCUUCCCUGAGCCCUUUCUGUGGAGGUGCCUUCUCCACUACAAAAUAUCCUUUAAUCUCAGCAGGGCUCUCAAGGAUCCCUCUUUCCAACCCCAUCCUAUCUUUUUUCCAUCUUCCCCAGUAGCAAGUACAGUACACUCAAUUUUGUCUACUGGGGGAGUGACAAUUCUCCCCCAAAAGAAGGGGCCACUGGGAACAGUUUCAAGCACAGAAGAAAAGGGAAAAGAGGUAAGGAAGGCCCCCAGGCCUCUCCCAUGAAAGAAGGGAGCAGGGCCUGUGACAGCAGGAGGAAGACACUAGUCAGGUAAGCUGGGGCAUGCUUCCUUCUCUGGAAAGCAGAGGAAGUUCUUUGGAUCAGGAAGUAAGAAGCAGGGACCUGGAUAAGGGGUUGCCAUUGGAUAGAGGUGAACCUACAUUUCUACAAAUUUCUCCUUCCCUACCCUCCAGAGUAUUCAUAUUCCCCUUCCAAGGGGAGGGAUACUGGUGUGUUUGGGGAGGAGUCCUCUUCCUGGGUUUCUGAACAGAGUUUGAUCUGAGCUGGGGAUACACACAGGUGGGCAGGGUAGUUUUAAGAAAGAGUAGAGAGACAGUUAAGGAGAACAUGUUCAGUCUUCCUUAUCCAACUACUGUGAAUUAACAUGGUGUGGCAACUAGGACCCCUCUGGGAUGAGAGAGUAAGCCUCCCUGGGGCCCAUUCCUGACUGGGCUGGUGGUCUCUUCUGCUCUCCUCUGAGACUCUUUGCUUCUAACUCCACCCACCCACCUUCCUUCAUGGGCCUCCUGAUGGAGCUCCUUCUCAUCCAACAUUUUUUUCUUUCCUUCCCAGAAGUAGCUGCACCUAAAGCUCUCUGCCUCAGUUUCCCCUCUCCCCCACAUGGCUGGGAGCAAGAGGAAAGAACCUGAUAAUGGAGGCAAUCAAAGGGUGAGGGUAGCUGUGUGGGCAGGUCUGGAGGAUUUUCAAGGCAGAGCCUCUUUCCUCCUCUUUGAAAGAUAAUUGUGGAGGGGGGUGCAGACAGACAGUCCCCAAGAUGGAUGAUUAAGGGCCACUGAAUAAACUGUUUUUCUGGGCCCAGCUGCUUUCUGAUCCUCUAGCUCUCCUCCCCCAACUGGAGCAACUUAGGGAAAGGAGAGAGGGAAAGAUAAUUUGAUUUCAGAGAAAAACUUUCCCUAUCUCAGUCUGGCAAGAUUUAGAAGACAGAGGAGAGGUUCAUGACGGUAUGAGUCUGUGUUGUGCCCUGGUGAGAGGGCAAAGAGAUUUCAUCCCUUUUCAAGUCAGGGACCCAGACCAACCCAACCCCAUGACCCCAGCUUAGAGCUUGGGCAAGGCUUAAACCAGUGACUCACAAGUAAGAAGAAAAACAGCUGACAGAAAAAGGGGAGAAAGGCACCCCAUUUUCCCCAAAGGACAGAGUUUUAGCCCAAACCUAACUGCGGUAGUAUGUGGCUCUCAGGAAUGAAGGAGGAAAACUCAAAGUCAUAUAGCAUCGUCACCCCCUCUUCAUCCUCCAAAACAGCUCUACUCAGGCUACUGACAGAAGCCCUAAGAGAGGCACCCUCCAAACCCCAGAUCAUGUCUCUGUGGAGUCUGGUCUCCAAGAUGUCCCCAGAAAAACUACAGCGGCUCUAUGUUGACUUUCCUCAGCACCUGAGGCAUCUCUUAGGUGACUGGCUUGAGGACCAGCCAUGGGAGUUCCUGGUCAGCUCAGAUGCCUUCUGUUGCAACGUGGCAAGUGCCCUACUUUCAGCCACUGUCCAGCGCCUUCAGGCUUCUGCAGGAGAGCAGGGAGAGGGAAACACCGUCUUGCAACACAUCAGCACCCUGGAGAGCAUAUACCAGAGGGACCCCCUGAAGCUUGUGGCUACUUUCAGACAAAUACUUCAAGGAGAAAAAAAAGCUGUUAUGGAGCAGUUCCACCACCUGCCAAUGCCCUUCCACUGGAAGCAAGAAGAACUCAAGUUUAACACAGCCCUGCAGAGGCUGCAGCACCGAGUUGGGGAGAUCCGCCUUCUCCAAGAAGCCCUGCAUCAGGGGACUGAAGCUGGACAAGUGUCUCUGCACAGCUUGAUAGAUACUCCUGCCAAUGGGACUGGGCCAAAUGAGGCCCUGGGCACGCUGCUGCAGGAGACCAUUAGGGAGCUGGAGAUGGCUCAGACCCUAGUGCUGAAGAGGAUCCAGAUUUGGAAACGGCAGCAGCAGCUGGCAGGGAAUGGUGCACCCUUUGAGGAGAGCCUGGCCACGCUACAGGAAAGGUGUGAGAGCCUGGUGGACAUUUAUUCCCAGCUACAGCAGGAGGUAGGGGCAGCUGGUGGAGAGCUUGAACACAAGACCCAGGCAGCGCUGAUUCACCGGCUGGAUGAAGUCCUGCAGAGCCUCGUCACCAGCUCUUUCCUGGUGGAGAAGCAGCCCCCUCAGGUUCUGAAGACUCAGACUAAGUUCCAAGCAGGAGUUCGGUUUUUGCUGGGCCUGCGAUUCCUGGGUGCUCCAGCCAAGCCUCCGCUGGUCAGGGCUGACAUGGUGACUGAGAAGCAGGCGAGGGAGCUGAGCAUGCCCCAGGGGCCUGGGGCUGGAACAGAGAGCACCGGGGAGAUCAUCAACAACACAGUGCCUCUGGAGAACAGCAUUCCUGGGAACUGCUGCUCUGCCCUCUUCAAGAACCUGCUCCUAAAGAAAAUCAAGCGGUGUGAGCGGAAGGGCACUGAAUCUGUCACCGAGGAGAAGUGUGCGGUUCUCUUCUCCACCAGCUUCAUGCUCGGUCCCAACAAACUCCCUAUCCAGCUCCAGGCCCUGUCUCUGCCCCUGGUGGUCAUUGUCCAUGGCAACCAAGACAACAAUGCCAAAGCCACUAUCCUCUGGGACAAUGCAUUCUCUGAAAUGGAUCGUGUGCCCUUUGUGGUGGUUGAGCGGGUGCCUUGGGAGAAGAUGUGUGAAACUCUGAAUCUCAAGUUCAUGGCUGAGGUGGGGACCAACCGGGGACUGCUCCCAGAGCACUUCCUCUUCCUGGCCCAGAAGAUCUUCAAUGACAACAGCCUUAGCAUGGAGACCUUCCAGCACCGUUGUGUGUCCUGGUCACAGUUUAACAAGGAGAUCCUGCUGGGCCGGGGCUUCACCUUUUGGCAGUGGUUCGAUGGUGUCCUAGACCUCACCAAACGCUGUCUCCGGAGCUACUGGUCAGACCGGCUGAUCAUCGGCUUCAUUAGCAAACAGUAUGUCACUAACCUCCUUCUCAAUGAGCCCGAUGGAACCUUCCUGCUCCGCUUCAGUGACUCUGAGAUUGGAGGCAUCACCAUUGCUCAUGUCAUCAGGGGACAGGAUGGUUCACCACAGAUAGAGAACAUCCAGCCAUUCUCUGCCAAAGACUUGUCCAUUCGUUCACUGGGGGACAGAAUACGGGAUCUUGCUCAGCUCAAAAACCUCUACCCCAAGAAACCCAAAGAUGAGGCUUUCCGGAGUCACUAUAAGCCUGAACAGAUGGGUAAGGAUGGCAGGGGUUAUGUCCCAGCUACUAUCAAGAUGACUGUAGAAAGGGACCAGCCCCUUCCCACCCCAGAGCCCCAGAUGCCUACCAUGAUGCCCUCUUAUGAUCUUGGAAUGACCCCUGAUCCCUCCGUGAGCAUGCAGCUCAGCCAAGACAGGAUGCCCCCGUUGUACCCUCAACAUUCUCAUCCCAUCCCACCGUAUCAAGGCCUCCCCCAAGAAGAGUCGGUCAAUGUGCUACCAGCCUUCCAGGAGCCUCACCUGCAGAUGCCCCCACCGCUGAGCCAGAUAAGUCUGCCCUUUGACCAGCCUCACCCACAGGGCCUGCUGCCGUGUCAGCCUCAGGAGCAUGCUGUAGACGUGACCAUGGAUGAAGACAGCUGCCUAAACCAGCCAGUGGGAAGGUACCACCAGGGCACUUGGGUUGAUGAAGACAUGUUCCCUGCCCUGCUGCCUCCCACUGAACAGGACCUCACCAAGCUUCUCCUAGAAGGCCAAGGGGAGGCAGGGGGAGGGACCUUGGGAGUCCAGCCUCUCCUGCAGCCUUCCCCCUAUGGGCACUCUGGGAUCUCAAUGUCCCACCGGGACCUAAGAGCCAACCCCAGUUGGUGA